GUUCUAAGUCUGACUCCAAAUGAUGGCUUUGCCAAAGUACAUUAUGGCUUCAUCCUGAAGGCAGAAAACAAGAUAGCAGAGAGCAUACCCUAUCUAAAGGAAGGACUAGAGUCUGGUGACCCUGGCACAAAUGAUGGACGCUUUUAUUUUCAUCUGGGUGAUGCGUUGCAGAGAAUGGGAGACAAAGAGGCAUACAAGUGGUAUGAACUUGGAUACCAAAGAGGUCACUUUGCAUCAGUUUGGCAGCGCUCCCUCUACAAUGUCAAGGGACUGAAAGCUCAACCUUGGUGGACAGCAAGGGAAACUGGUUAUAUGGAAUUGGUGAAGUCCUUAGAAAAAAACUGGAAGCUCAUUCGGGAUGAGGGGCUUGCUGUGAUGGAUAAAAAAAGAAGCCUCUUUCUGCCUGAAGAUGAGAAUCUACGAGAAAAAGGAGACUGGAGCCAGUUUACCUUAUGGCAACAAGGAAGAAAAAAUGAGAAUGCUUGUAAAAGUGUUCCGAAAACAUGCGCUUUAUUGGAAAGAUUCCCAGAAGCUACUGGCUGCAGAAGAGGGCAGAUCAAAUAUUCUAUCAUGCACCCAGGGACUCAUGUCUGGCCCCACACGGGGCCCACCAAUUGUCGGCUAAGGAUGCAUUUGGGCUUGGUGAUACCUAAGGAAGGCUGCAGAAUUCGGUGUGCCCAAGACAACAGAACCUGGGAAGAAGGGAAAGUUCUGAUUUUUGAUGACUCUUUCGAACAUGAAGUAUGGCAGGAUGCUGAAAAUUAUCGCCUGAUAUUCAUUGUGGAUGUGUGGCACCCUGAGUUAUCAGCACAACAGAGACGCACCCUUCCUGCUAUUUAAGGGGUUCCUUCCGAUAUGUGGAGCAGAGGAGCUUUAAUUGCUUUGGAGUAUGCAAAUAGGAUUAAUUUAUCCAGCAUACAAAGAAUAUAAGUAUUGUAAGGGUUAGAAGAGAUAAGAACAGCAUUCUGCAAUCACAGAGGACUUGAUUUAAAAAAUGAAAAAA